CUUGAAGUGACCUCCAAUUGUUCAACAUGACAAUGCCACAGUGAUGUAUCCCAUAUCAUCUUAACCCAUUUUUUCAUCCCAUUUUGGAAACUUGUCCAAAUUUUCAGUGUUAUGUUCGUAAAAUCAUUGUACACAAAACAUUUUUUCAAGAAUUAUGGGGUUCCAGAGAAAGACUCAAGAAGUAAUUUGACUAAUUCAGCUCCAGUGAUCACCCGCACCUAUAGCACUUUUAAACAGUACGUUCUCUGUUAAUGCAGAUUCUCUUUAGAAGUAUUACGUUUUUGAGUAAGCAUACCAAACGCAAUGAGGUGUUGUUCUUCAACGUAUGUUAGCUGAUGCUUCGAAACUGCAGUAAAAUUGUUCGUUAUUGAGCGUCAUAACCAAACUCAAACCACCUUUGGCCUUCCCUGUCUCGGACCCUUCAGUACUCCAGCUGGAAGUUGAUCAUUCUAAGCGUGAAAUUGAUCUGAGAGUAACCUGAAUGCAGAGUUGAAAUGUAAUAACGAUUAUUAAGUUAUUGAAAGGAAACAUUUCAUCAAUGAACCUCUCCUAUGCUAUAGUGACAGCAAGAAAAUGUCAAGGCGAGAAGCUAGAUUGGUAUCAUGGGUACCUCAUCAAGGCACAGUUUUCACCAAAGGAAGCAAGAACGGUUUUGGUCCUACAUUUUGCCUGUUUUUGCUAAUGUUAUCGGUGACGAGCAUAAAAAUGGCUCCAAUCCCAGACCUGAAGGUGCCAGUCAUAUGGGUGCUGGGAGGACCUGGAUCUGGAAAAGGAACCCAAUGUGACAGAAUCGUAGCCAAGUAUGGAUUUACACAUCUGUCAUCUGGCGACCUUCUUAGAGCAGAGGUAGCCAGCGGGUCAGCAAGAGGCAAAGAACUCACGGCCAUCAUGGAGCGUGGAGAGCUAGUGCCUGUUGAGGUCGUGCUGGAGUUACUCAAAGAAGCAAUAAUCAAAGCGCUGCCAACCUCAACAGGAUUUCUUAUUGACGGUUACCCCAGGGAAAAGGAACAAGGGAUUCUUUUCGAGAAAAACGUCGCUCCCGUGAACUUGGUGCUGUACUUUGAGGCCUCAGAUGAAACGCUGGUGAAAAGGCUAAUGGGUAGAGCUCUAACCUCAGGAAGAGUGGAUGACAACGAAGAAACUAUCAAGAAGAGGUUGCAUACCUUCAAUACACACAACGAUCAAGUAAUUGCACAGUAUCCUGAUAAACUUAAGAAGAUAAAUGCAGAAAGGUCGCCAGAUGAGAUAUUCAACGAUGUGACAAGCUACCUAGAUCCUCUAGUCAAAUAAAAAUGUUAGCAUAAAACAUUAAGCACACCAAAAAAAAAACAGAUACUAUUAAAUUGUUAUUUAUUUAUUAGCAAAUAUGAUUACACUGUUGAAUCAA